GCCAUCUUGAAGCGGUGUCCAAGGGGGUGAGGAAUUUUUUUUUUCCCUCGUUUAAAAUAAAAAUUAACCCCAAGCCGCCCCUCGGCGCCGCAGCCGCGAGCGGGGAGCGGCCCGGCGGAGGCCGGCGGGUGGGCAGGUAGGGCGCGAAAAUGCGGUCGCGCCAGGCAGGCCUCGGGGCGGUGCUCGGAGCGGAGCCCAUGUGCGGAGCGCGGGAGGCGGCAGCUCCCGGCGAACCUCCCCCGCCGGCUCCACGCAGUCCGGCCGCCUCUCGCCUGCCGCGGGCCCGCUGCUUUAGGGCCGCGCUGUCGGCACCUGCGCGCUAUAAAGCGGGGAGCGCGCGGGGAUUGGCGGCAGCAUGGGACGGGAAGGGGCAUCCUGCAAAGGAAGGGGGAAAUCAGCAGCCAGCCGGCCCCGAGCCGCAGCUCCCACGCUGCCCCGGGGAGGCCGUCCCGGCGCGGCGCCGCCGGCAGCGGUUUCCUUGCCCCGUGGGGUGCAGCCUCGGCGAGAGGCGGCCGGGCCCGCAGGUGGGGUGACGCAUGCUGGGAUCAGCCAUCCCUGUGCUGUCCUGCUUUCCCUCUGCGUACCAAAGCACCGGUCAGCGUUACGCAUACUCUAAACGAAGAACUACUUAACUUUAUUAAUAUCCAGCUAUACCAUAAUUAUACAGCUGAUAACGUACAAGCUGCUACAGACAUCCAAAGCUCAAGCAUCAGGAGGUGUUUGCUCUUUUCUGGUUUUAGCAGUAUUAUGUGGCAACAUUUGACUUGUGUGGUCUUUAGCAGUCUUGCCUCUUAAUUUCUAUUCUGCUUUCAGGUGAAACAAGUAGGGCCAAUAUUUGCUUGUUCAGAAUUAUUGCUUCGAGGAGAUGUUCCAAACACGAAUGCUGCAGUGUGAGUCUGAGUUUCC